UAUGCAUAGAUACAUAUAUACAUAUGUAUAGUUAUAUAUAAUAUCAGGGUAUUCAUUCCUGAUAAGAAAUGUAGAACUCUGUUGAAUUAUAAUAUAUAUUAUAUAUAUACAACAUAAUAUAAACAAAAUAUGGAUCUAUAUAUAUGUAUGUUAAAGAAGCCACGACACCAAGAAGCACAUUAGUGAUGUACAAGUCGAAGCUGCAAGAGCUCUGUCAAGAGCGGAAAUGGGCGCUGCCCAAAUAUAGCUGUCUCCAACGAGGACCUAACCAUUGCCCGGAGUUCGCCGCCACCGUGGUGGUUGCCGGAGCCGCCUUCCACAGCCCCGGCACCACCACAUCCCUCCGGAAGGCCCAAAAUGACGCUGCUCAUAUGGCCUUUCUACAUUUCACUUCAAAGGCUUCAAAUGAAACCAUAAAGCCAAACAACGCGAGUCAAAAUGACUUCAAGAAGAAACUCGAGAUGUAUGCUAUGGGGAAGAACCUCGACUCCCCAAUAUAUCAUACUGAGAAGACAAAGGAUCUUCGCUACAUGACUCUAGUCUACGUUGGGAACAAGUGUUAUCACAUCAAGGGGCACUAUGAGACACCAUACGAAUCGGAACAUGCAGCCGCACAAGCCGCUCUACUGUCCUUAUCAGCCACAGAUGCAUUUCAAAAGGAUGAUCCACGCUCGUAUAAGAUUCUACUACACGAGCUGACAGAAAGCCAAGGGCUCAAUUUGCCCGAGCACACAACCACAGUGAAAUUUCAGGUGUCGGAGUUCCCUACAUUUACCUCCACUGUUGAAGUGGAAAGAGAGGUCUUUAAAGGGGCAGUAGCAAAGACCAGUGCUGCAAAUGCUGCAAACACUGUACUUAUGGAGAGAAAGCUAUUUCAGCUGCAGUUGGGAUCGAUAGAAAAUUGUGAUUGUUCUAGAGAGAAUUCAAAAUCUAACGAGUCUCAAUCAAACAUCAGUUCACAUCAAGAAAAAGAGACUCGGCAGCAAAUAAACAAUGAAAGAACAGUCAUGUACAAGACUGUUGGGAAGGCUACUUUACCGAACACAAAUAAGCACAAAGAAAACAAUGGCAUCAAUGAUUCUGUAGAUUCGCCCUGUUACUCAACGGAUGGGAGUCGGGUAUGUUCAGAUUCUAGCAUGGAAAGGGCCACAGAAAUGGAAAGCUAUUUGCUAUGUAACAAGGUUCGGGUGUUCACAUGCAUGCCAAGCAUGUUGUUGCCUAAGGGAACUGUCAUACUUCCUAUCACAGAAGAUAAGUGGACAAUCGUGAGCCUUGAAUGCCCUUGUGCAAAAAAGAUGUGAUUGAAGGAGAGCUUGAACAUUUCUAUAACUUCAUCCAUGCAAAUAGGUAGAGUUUUGCAAUGUUAUGCAGUGGUGUA